CACAUAUAUAAUAGUAUAUUGUAUACACGAGAACAAGUGAAAAUCUUGGAGGAGAAGGCGAGAAGUGGAAAUCUAAAAUUUUUUCCCAGGUUGUAAUCACAAUCUGUAAAACAUAAAGCAAUGUCGGCCAAAGCAAACCCUGUCGAAGGAGAUGGACCUGGACCGUACAUCUACAAGGUGGGUGUUCCUCCGAAGCAAAACCUGUUCAAGGAGUUCAUGCAUCAUGUUCGGGAAACCUUCUUCCACGACGACCCUUUGAGACAUUUCAAGGAUCAGCCCAAAUCGAAGAAGUUCAUGCUCGGUCUGCAGGCCGUGUUCCCCGUCUUCGAAUGGGGAAAAACCUACGAUCUGCACAAGUUUCGUGGCGAUCUAAUCGCGGGUUUAACCAUAGCCAGUCUCUGCAUUCCUCAGGAUAUUGGCUAUGCUAAGCUGGCGAAUCUUGACCCUAAAUAUGGUUUAUAUUCGAGCUUCGUUCCGCCAUUAGUGUAUGCUUGUAUGGGAAGUUCAAGAGAUAUAGCAAUCGGACCGGUAGCUGUGAUUUCACUUCUCUUAGGAACUUUGCUUCAGAGCGAGGUUGAUCCAAACACUAACCCUAAUGAGUAUCUCCGCCUCGCCUUCACGGCCACAUUCUUCGCCGGCAUUACCCAAGCAGCUCUCGGAUUCUUGAGAUUGGGAUUCCUGAUCGAUUUCCUGUCACAUGCCGCGGUUGUUGGCUUCAUGGGUGGAGUCGCAAUAACCAUUUCCCUUCAACAACUCAAAGGGUUCCUUGGAAUAAAGAAAUUCACCAAGAAAACCGAUAUAAUUGCUGUCUUGGGAUCUGUCUUCAAAUCAGCACCUCACAAUUGGCACUGGCAAACUAUAGUGAUCGGCGCCACCUUCCUGGCAUUUCUUCUAGCCGCGAAAUUCAUCGGAAAGAAAGAUAGGAAAUGGUUCUGGAUUCCAGCGAUUGCUCCGUUGCUAUCGAUCAUCAUAUCUACCUUCUUCGUCUUCAUAACCCGAGCCGACAAACAAGGAGUCGCCAUCGUGGAACAUCUGGACAAAGGCAUAAAUCCCUUGUCCGUAGAUCAAAUCUAUUUCUCUGGGAGUUAUCUCAUCAAGGGUGUACGUAUCGGUGUAGUUGCUGGCAUGAUCGCCUUAACGGAAGCUGUGGCCAUCGGAAGAACAUUCGCUGCCAUGAAGGAUUACCAAAUCGAUGGUAACAAAGAAAUGGUGGCUUUGGGGACCAUGAAUGUUGUCGGCUCGAUGUUCUCAUGCUACAUCGCCACAGGUUCGUUAUCAAGAUCGGCUGUUAACUUCAUGGCUGGAUGCCAUACAACUGUAUCAAACAUAAUCAUGUCCAUUGUCGUACUCUUGACAUUGUUGUUCAUAACCCCUCUCUUCAAGUACACUCCCAAUGCGAUUCUCGCCUCUAUCAUCAUCAAUGCGGUCAUUUCCCUAAUCGAUAUCAACGCAUUUGUUCUGAUCUGGAGGAUCGACAAAUUCGAUUUCGUCGCUUGCAUGGGAGCUUUCUUGGGUGUCAUCUUCGUUUCGGUCGAGAUCGGUCUCUUGAUCGCUGUCUGCAUCUCAUUUGCCAAGAUACUGUUGCAAGUUACAAGGCCAAGGACCACGGUUCUUGGGAAGAUACCGAGAACCGCUGUCUACAGGAACAUUCAACAGUAUCCCGAAGCGAGUAUGGUUCCUGGAGUUCUCAUCAUCCGUGUCGAUUCUGCGAUUUACUUCUCCAACUCCAACUAUGUUAGGGAACGGACUUUGAGAUGGUUGACAGAAGAAGAAGAGAAGGUACAAGCAGGAAACUUACCCGGAAUCCAGUUUCUGAUCAUCGAAAUGUCACCUGUUACCGACAUCGAUACGAGCGGGAUUCAUGCCCUAGAAGACUUGUUUAGAGCUCUCCGGAAAAGAGAUGUUCAGCUGAUUCUGGCGAAUCCUGGAUCGGCUGUGAUAGACAAGAUCCACGUGUCGCUCUUGGCCGACAUGAUCGGACACGACAAUAUCUUCCUAACCGUGGCCGACGCCGUGGCUUCUUGUUCUCCCAAGCUCGUGGAAGUGGUUUGAAUCGAAAAAGAUGUUGAUGUUGAUGAUGGUUAUGAAAAUUGGUGAAGAACUGAACACAUGUAAGACGCAAUAGAAAAGCUGUUUAUGUUGUGCAGUUGAAUUUAUUUGUCAGUUCCAGAGCAAAUCUGUCUUGUCUCUGUAGUAAGAGAGGUCAAGCUGACGCUGAGCUCACCCAUGGAUCCUACCGUAGCGAUAAUAUGAUGAAUUUACA